UUCCGGUUAUUCAGGCCCCCGGUGGGACACGCUGAGCACGCUGGCCGCAGCUAUGGCGGACGGCCCGGUGGCGGAGGUGCUGCUCCGGCAUCUAGAAGCUGCCGAUGGCGGCCUGGACAGCGCGGAGCUGGCGGCUAAGAUGGGCGUGGACCACCAGGCCGUGGUGGGCGCCGUGAAGAGCCUGCAAGCGCUGGGCGAGAUCAUUGAGGCUGAGCUGCGCUCCACCAAGCGCUGGGAGCUUACGGCCGAGGGCGAGGAGAUGGCCCGGGAGGGCAGCCAUGAGGCCCGGGUAUUCCGCAGCAUCCCCCAGGAGGGCCUGGCCCAGAGCGAGCUCAUGCGACUGCCCAGUGGCAAGGUGGGCUUCAGCAAGGCCAUGUCCAACAAGUGGAUCCGCGUGGACAAGAGUGCAGCCGACGGGCCCCGGGUGUUCCGAGUGGUGGACCACGUGGAGGACGAGGUGCAGCGGCGGCUCCAGCUGGUGCAGGGUGGGCAGGCUGAGAAGCUGGGUGAGAAGGAAAGGAGUGAGCUCAGGAAGAGGAAGCUGCUGACUGAAGUGACCCUGAAGACCUACUGGGUGAGCAAAGGCAGUGCCUUCAGCACCAGCAUCUCCAAGCAGGAGACAGAGCUGAGCCCAGAGAUGAUCUCCAGCGGCUCCUGGCGGGACCGGCCCUUCAAGCCGUACAACUUCUUGGCCCAUGGCGUCCUCCCAGACAGCGGCCACCUGCAUCCUCUCCUCAAGGUCCGCACGCAGUUCCGGCAGAUCUUCCUGGAGAUGGGGUUCACAGAGAUGCCGACUGACAACUUCAUUGAGAGCUCCUUCUGGAACUUUGAUGCACUUUUCCAGCCCCAGCAGCACCCGGCGCGUGACCAACACGACACCUUCUUCCUCCGAGAUCCAGCUGAGGCCCUGCAGCUCCCAAUGGACUACGUCCAUCGGGUCAAGCGGACCCACUCUCAGGGUGGCUACGGCUCACAAGGGUACAAGUACCCCUGGAAGCUGGAGGAGGCCCGGAAGAACCUGCUGCGCACGCACACCACGUCGGCCACCGCCCGUGCCCUCUACCGCUUGGCGCAGAAGAAGCCCUUCACGCCCACCAAGUACUUCUCCAUCGAUCGUGUGUUCCGAAACGAGACCCUCGAUGCCACACACCUGGCCGAGUUCCACCAGAUCGAGGGCGUGGUGGCUGACCAUGGCCUCACCCUAGGCCAUCUCAUGGGCGUCCUGCGGCAGUUCUUCACCAAGCUGGGCAUCACCCAGCUGCGCUUCAAGCCGGCCUACAACCCCUACACGGAGCCCAGCAUGGAGGUGUUCAGCUACCACCAAGGCUUGAAGAAGUGGGUGGAAGUCGGGAAUUCUGGGCUCUUCCGCCCCGAGAUGCUGCUGCCCAUGGGGCUUCCCGAAAAUGUGUCAGUCAUUGCUUGGGGCCUCUCCCUGGAGCGCCCAACAAUGAUCAAAUACGGCAUCAACAACAUCCGGGAGCUGGUGGGCCACAAGGUGAACCUGCAGAUGGUGUAUGACAGUCCCCUGUGCCGCCUGGACGCUGAACCGGGGCCCCCACGGACACAGGGUGCCGUGUGACACGGGCCACCCUGGAUAGCCUGCCUUCCCUGAGCCCCAGCUGUCCAGCCCCCUAGCAUCCCUGCCAGUGACCUCCUUGUAUUUACAAAGCCUCUGUGAGGCCAUGCCCCCCAACCCCACUCCUGGUAUCUCCUCUUCCCCACCUGCCCCAAGGUCCCAGGGGCAGGGGAGUGGGCAGCAGGUUCGAUCUAUAAAGGUGGGCCCUAGGGAGCCCUGCAGGCCAGCUGCUGGCUAAUAAAGUGGGCAGUUGUCCUCAUAUGGUGCCUUUCCUUAGGGAUGGAGGAGUGGUGGAGGAGUGGGGGAUGGGGGGUCCUGGAUCCUCGGGGGCUCCUGGCUUGCCUGAGCCAGAUCCCCAUGGGGAAGACUAGCUCUGUCAAGCAUUUACCUAUCACUUGGUAGUGCCAGGCUCUCCUCUAGCUGAGCAGAAGUGCCCCCACCCCUGGGGAAGGGGCAUAUGGGAGGGGAAGACCAAAGCAGGUGCCAUGAUUCCCCCUGGGAGCCAGGCAUGGUAGGGUGACAGUGCUGGUGGGGGGUGGGGGGAGGGCAGCUUUAAAAAAAAAAUUUUUUUUAAGCUUUUCUUUAAAGCUGCCCCCCACCCUCCCCUUUUUUAGAAAGAGCAAUUUCUGGUUCCCAACAAAAUUGAGUGGAAAGUACAGAAAUUUCUUGUAUACCUUUUGCCCCCACAUGUGUACAACCUUCCCACCAUCAACAUCCCCACCAGAGGGGUGCAUUCUUACGACGAAUGAACUACAUAGACACAUCUUAAUUGCCCCCACUUCAUGGUUUAUGUUGUGGUUCAUGCUCUGUGUUGUACAUUCUCUGGCUUUGGACAAAUGUGUGAUGAUGUGUGUCCAUUGUUAAGCAUCACAGAGUAUUUUUGCUGCCCUAAAAGUCCUUUGUACUCCACCCAUUCAUCCCUCCAUCCUACCCCCAAAAAGCUGCUCUUUUUUUUUUAAAUGGUCUCCUAAGAAUUACACAGGAGCUCAGAGGAGGCAAGUGAGUAGGCUGAAGCUUCAUGAACCCACAUGGAACAAUGAGUGGGAUCUCUAUUUCUGUGGAAAUAUUUGAAAGCAAACCUCAGUCUCCAUUAUGCUCACCCCACGUCUUCAGGGUCAGCGCACUUUUAGAAACGUAACAGUUUUUCUGGAACCAUGAGGCCACCAUUAACGCCCAGCACAGUUGGCAGCUGAGGCUGUGGGCUUCUCUGGUCCCUGGGUGUGUGGGCACCAAUCUCCCCAGGGCUACUCGGUCAGAUUUUUUUUUUCUUUUUCCCUUUAUUUCAAAUAAUUCAGUCAUAGACAAAAAUACUCACUCAUGCAACAAAUGCGCACCUCCUUAGCGUCCCGAGCUGGAGACUCAGCCGUGGGCAAAGCUGACUCAGGUCCCUGCCCUUGGAGCUGACGGGGGAAAGGUACAGAAAUGGAGGGAGGGGUAAAGCGACGGAAAAGUGAAGGCGGAUGGGGAACGUGAAGCGUAUAUAGCGUACACUAUGAAGCCUAACACAACGAGCACCUAGGAGUCCGCCCCCAGUUGGAUCAAAUCUGAACAUUGACUAUAUUUAUUUUGGGUCUUUCGCAUUUUAGAUCUGUGACUAAUGGUUUGAAGACCCCAUGGGCUUGUACUAGUUCCUUUUGCCAGCACCUUAAAAUUGCUCCCUCCUCAAUUUGGUGUUUCUCUUUCUCAUGUGUUUUUAAACUUUUGCUACAAUAUAUGUUUCUCUAACAAGAUAGGUUUGAUUUUGCUUAUUUUCAGAAGUUAUACAGACCCUGCACCAUUAAAAAAUCGUCCUGCA